AUGAGUUGGAUUGUUGAGAACUUUCAAAUCCCUGUACCAGUUGGGGAUUGCUCAAUUCACUUCUUGGUUAACAAACAACGCAAGUCUGUUGAAUAUGCGUUUAUCAUGGAUGGCGGCACAGGCAAAGAUCACUCAGCUUCAGAAGCUAUAGUUCAGACUCUGAAAUGUGCCAAGGAUUAUCUCAAAUCUACCUGGAAAAUCAAAAAGGAAAUCAAGUUCAACCUUUGGGUUGUGACGCAUUGGGAUGAUGAUCACUUUCGCGGUGUGAUGGACCUAAUUACAGGUAAAACAAUCCAUGGGGAUGGAUGGAUGACCGAAAACUUUGUAAAGAGCCCAAAGUUAUACUGUGGGCGAUCGGAAAAGCCAUCGGAACAGACAUUUGUUUUGCAAGCCUCUGCACGCGGCUUUUCGUCGACGGCGGGCAAGAUGGUACUUGGGCUUGAUAUGUUCUCUGGUUCUAAGAUCUUUAAUGAUAAGGGAAAUCUUGAACGCUCUGACUUGGAUAAAAGCCGUCCACGUUUCUGCAUCGUAGGCGCAAACGGACACGGCAUUUUAGUUCCAAGAUUUCAGCAGGUGGUCACCCCAAACCAGUCAUCGAUCCUAGCUGUGCUGUUCUGGCCUGGUAACGUCUGGCAGUGCUGCUUCUACGCUGGUGGUGAUGGAAAUCCAGAACUGGAACGCGCUAUAAUCAGCAAAUUCCUCAACAAAAAGAAAAAUAUCGAGUUGGGCGACGGACUUGAUCUCAUAAAGCUUGAUCACCACGGCUCUUCCCAGGAAAACAUUUAUGGCGGCGACCUUAGAAAGGUUAAGGCGGAGCGGAAGCUGAAACUGGCCGAGAUGCCAAUUGGUUUGUUCAAACCCAAAAACAUCCUCGUCACGCCAGGAAACCUCCAUGGACAUCCGACUUUCGACGUCGUUCACUGCCUUUUUGAUCUUCUUGGAACAACGACUGGACUGGCAAAAGAUACCGGGAAACCAAUAGGCAGAGUAUGGACCACAAGGUCUCCAUAUUGGGCGAAUAAGCAGUCUCCAACAACGAAGGAUCUCAACCCGUCACAUAACCAGGACUUGAAGGAUAUUCACAAGAAAGAGCUUCAAGCAUACCAAGAUCCUACAAAGAAGUAUCUAGACACCGGGAUGCUGAUGGCCGUUGAGGCCGAGGGUAGUGAGAAACGCCUAAAGCGGGCUAAAGGCCUUAAAGCUUGGAAGAAGAAGAUACGACAACAAGAGAUUAUCGAGGGCGGGCAUAAUCCGACAGACUACCGGGUGAAAGCUAAAGCGAAUACGGAGCUAAUAGAACUGGUAAGUGUCCCUAUCCGGGUGAGGGGAAGCCAAUAUGUUCCUAGUACUAACGUUGUCCUUCUUGAGCUGGAUAUUGUCGAACGGCACAUACCCAAAAACAAGAAACAACCAAAAAGUGCUUCUGCUAUUGAAGAAGAAGAAGAAGAAGAAGAAGAAGAAGAAGAAGAAGAAGAAGAAGAAGAAGAAGAAGAAGAUUAUUAUGAUCUUGAGAUUGAUGAAGAAAAAGACAAAAAGGAAGAAGAACCUGCAGCGAGCGCACAGUUCGACUAUGAUUACGUGUCCUACGAUGAUAUUAUGAACCUCCGUUUUUCUGGAAUCAUGAUGUGGAAUCUUAUCUGCGACCAGGGCAUUGUUUUGGAGACCGAGGAUCCCUUUUUUAUCAUUCACUUUAGUUGGGAUAACGGCAAAUUUCGUGGGGUGAAAUGCCUAGGAAUGGACGGGGUUGAACGGAAGGACUACAAAACUGAGCCUCUUGUCCCACGUCGUUACUCCAAAAGGCUGGCUGUCAUCAAAGAAGCACAGAAACAGAGGAUGAUAAAACUCCUCAAUCAAAAGGCCGAGGAACUGAAGAUGGCAGAAGAAUCGAAGCGUACGAAGCGCAAGGGGUUAUUCUACACGGAUAGCGGCCGAGGAAAAGAUCAAGACAACGACAUCGACUUUUCUGGUUUCGAACUCCUUGGCAAAUAUAAUACCCAGGACUUCAAGAAGCAGAACGUCUUCACUCAUAUCAGUCAAUCGAACGUUAGUACAACCAGGAAGAACUUCACAGGCACAGGCUUGGGAGGCUUCAGUACACGACCAUUAGGAAACAUUAGCCUUCAGGCCAAUCUCUCUCUGGGUAUUCCCCCGUCUACAAGCGGGGAUAAAAUGUUUUCGUUGCAUGGCUUGACCUUUGGAGACUUCAGCUCGACAGUCAGCGGCAACCCACUAUUAGAAAGCUGGUGGGCCGCGAGCCACCACUACAAUUUUAUCAAGGGACUCGAGCCUGGCUUCAAACUCAAGUAUGGCCAUGAUAGCGGUAGUAGCGCUGAAGUUGAUGAAAGCUUUCAAGCUGUUGAUGAUAAGGAAACAGGAGAUGAAGACUUCCUGGCUGCAGACUCCAUCGAGGAGGAAGAUGUUGAAGACGAAGUUCUUGAUGAUGCCUGGGAGGAUGGAGAUGAAGAAAUUGACCUUGCUCUCGAAACACUCAAUGGCCUUCAGCAGAGAUGGCAAACAGCAUGGAAAGAUAGCCAAUCAGAGGUCAGUAAGAAAAGGCAAACCAGGGAGGAAAAGGAAAGGAUAGAAGCUGCAAUUGCAUCCAUGAAAAGCAUCAAGGAGGAAGCAGAGCAGGCUGUAGCAGACCUUGAUCCCACUCUCUUUACUGGAAAGGAUGAUGUGACUAGCCUAUUAGAGAUCCAGAAGCGACUCGUGUUGGCUAUUACCUAUAUCUCUCCUGAUUUCGAGGCGAAGUUCAAACAAGGGAACGAUGGAGGAACUAAGAAUAAUAAGGUACAGGAGAAGAAAUCUCGAGCGACGGUAAAGGAAACAAAGGCUGAGAAGCAGAAGCGUGAGGCUAAGGCGCAGGAAAAACACAAAGAAGACAAGGAGUUAAAUACAGAAGGCAAGAGACAGACAAGAAGCGGGACAGUUUAUGGUAUUAAUGACCAGCCGACUGGUCAGAAACGGCUUCAUAAAUAG